GAUACUCGAUCCGCCGUUAGACCUCCACUCUUUUAUGGAACAAACAACACCUAUUAGAAGGAACGAAAGAGGAUUUACAUUUGGUCAAUCAAUUUCCAACUAUGGUUAUUUAUCAAAAGCGGUGAGAUGGUACCAAUGAAAAAGGUUGGUGAAACCAUCGUCCAAAGAAAGAGGAAUAAUAUGAUGCUGAAGACCUCAAGAAGGUAGAGGCCUUUGAAAAAGCAUAACAUGUGAUCUUUUGAGCAAUAAAACCGGAUGACUACCAGAAAAUCUCUUCUUGCACCACCGCCAAAUAAAUGUGGGGCAAGCUUGAAGUGACAUACGAAGAUAUCUUGUUUUGUGGAGAAAAGCAUAGAAACAGGCCAAAUUGAAGUUCAAGUUUAAAAAGAAGAGGUUGAAUUUGGGCCAAAGCCCAAAACCAUCAACAAAAGUAGCCCAUCUCUCCUCCCUCAAUCUAAGUUAACGCCGACGACCAGGCGCUCCAACGUCUCUUUCUCCAUGAAUCUCGCUCAAGCGCUCCAACGGGAAGAAAUUAAAGGCCCCUUGCUCCUACUAUCAUAUAAAUUGAUGACGAAUUGCAACUGAAAAGGGGGUGAAAUCACACGGGAAUAAAGCAGCGGCGUGGCCGCUGCUAUGGCGGCGACCGGCGAGGCGGUGGCCAGAGUUCGACGGUGGUGGCGUAUGGCAGCGACCAUCUCUGACCAGUGUUGUCUCCUUCAAGCUCCAAUUCCUCAAUUUCUUCAUCUUCUUCCUCUAAUUGGGAUUGUGGCGAAGUGGCGAGUAGCACUGCGAUUGACUCUGAUUCACUCCCGAUUGUGGCGAGUUGGACUGCGGGUGUGGCAAACUGGCGAGUUGGAUGUCGGAGACUUGGAGCGCAGCAAAGAAGUUUGGAGAUCUGAAGAGCGCAGCGACUCCAUCGAGGAAGAUUGCCGUCUCUGCGAUGGAGGAGUCUGACUUGACUACGGGUAAUGGCGUAAACCUAAAAAGCAAAAGUGAUAAAAGCGGAAAAGCCUAAAAGUCUAAAACUAAUUAAACUUUAAAAGUUUCG